AUGGGACGUGUUUCCGAAGCGGUGCAGCGUCAUCCUGGAGGCCUCGACGUGCUCCGACGAAAGCUGCAGAUUCUUCUGGAGCUCGUCGAUCACGGCGCGGCCGCCGGCGUGGAUGCAGAAGUCCGGAAUAACAACAAAUUUGAAGGGGGACUCCCUUCAAGCUUGCAAAAUUUAGGAAGCUUGAUCACCUUGGAUUUAAGUGAAAAUGGAUUAAUGGAUGUUAUUCACCCUUGGAUUGGAGAAAACCUACCAAGUCUAAGGUUUCUUAAUAUUCAGAAAAAUAAAUUCUUUGGAGAUAUUUCAUUUCAAUUGUGUUAUCUGAAAGUUCUUCAGUUGUUGAACUUGGCAAAUAACAAUAUAUCUGGGCCUAUCCCUCGGUGUUUCAACAACUUCACUGCAAUGGUUAAUGACUCCUCUCGUAUCUUCCUUACAAAUCAUGAGGAAAACAUUUAUGAAGAUAUAAAAGGAUUGGAAUUGGAGUAUACUACAAACCUUGAAUUUCUUAAAUUCAUUGACCUUUCAGGGAAUCAUAUAACUGGAGAGAUCCCAUUAGAAGUGAUGAGUUUGCGUGCAUUGAAUAAUCUAAAUCUUUCUAGAAAUAAUCUGAGUGGGACUAUCUCUCAGACAAUUGGCAAUCUAAGCAAAAUUGAAUAUCUUAAUUUGUCAAUGAAUGCGCUCUUCUGUCCCAUUCCUCAAAGCUUAUCAUCUUUAAAUUUUUUGAGCUAUCUGAAUUUGUCAUUUAACAAGUUAAAUGGAAGAAUACCAACGGGGCAUCAACUCCAAACCCUCGAUGAUCUAUCCAUUUACAUUGGGAAUGAAGGACUUUGUGGUGUCCCACUUUUGAAGAGUUGCCCUAGUGAUGAUAAACCAUCAUUUGUUAAGCAGCCUACAGAAACCAAAUUAAGCAAUGAUGAUAAUGAGUUUUUGAUGUGGUUCUACGCUGGUUUGGGACUUGGUUUCUUCGUUGGAUUCAUUGGAGUAUUAUGCACUCUAUUGUUCAAGACAUCUUGGCAUUAUGCAUAUUUCAAAUGUCUGGAGAUCACUUUCAACAAAGUGUUAAGUGGUAUUUCAAUUAAACGGAACAGGUGGGUGUGGUUACAGUUGCUUUUCCAGCAACUCCUCUACUAUUGGCCAGAGCACGAAUAUGCAUUUCUGCUGCUCACACAAGGGAACACCUUCUCAAAGCAUUGGAGGUUAUCAGCAGAUCGAGUUGGUGAUAUAGUUGGCAUAAAAUACUUUCCUGGUGACUCCUAUAUGUGA